AUGGAGAUUCGCAAGCACUUGACUUGUGCACUUCCGCAUUUCGACUCCUACGGCCCAGGUAAAAAAGCCCAGGCGCCUAUCAUCUCUUGCCGCCUCCGCCGCGGCGCAUACGAACCCUCGAUCGCCGGCGCACAUCCACCCAACGCCCGCCGCUCUGGCCAUUCCUCGGUUCGCAGUUCGCACACCCAGCAAUUGAUUGCCCCCUCCCCUCAAAAUUGGCUCCAGGGACUGCAAUGGCGCGGGGCUCCAGGAAGAAGAAGAAGGGCCUGGAGGGUUGCCCGGUCUCCAAGCUCCCCGACGACGUGCUCGUCGACAUCAUCCGCCGCGUGCCCUACAAGAUGCAGCCUUUCAAGUGCUGUUUUCUUUAAUGCGACCCUGCAUUUGGCUGCCUUUGAGGAUUUGGUAGUAGCCGUUGACGUGGAAGGAAAUAAUUGGCGGCUUAUUGAUAAUCCAUUUCAUAGGAGUAUUACUGUGCCACCACACUAUGAUGACCCUAGAAUUGAUAUUUUCCUAUCACAGGGGCAGUUGUAUUUUGCAGCUUGUACCGCUGGUUCUGAUGGUGAAUUAUCAGUCUGGGCUCUUGAGGACUACAAUAGCGCAAAAUGGACCUUGAAGCACAAUGUCAAAUGCUCACAACUGUUAGGAAUAAACUAUAGAGCAUAUGAAUACAAUUUUAUCUCAUUCCACCCGGAGCGCAAUACGAUAUUCAUAGUUUGUGGUGACAAGAACACACUGAUUUCCUAUGAAAUGGAUUGCAGAGAGUCGUGUUUUAUAUAUGAAUUUGGAUCUGAUCAUCAGCUUGGCUUGUACGGGAACGGCAUGUCUCGUUAUUUUCAAUAUGUUCCCUUGUUCACCGCGUCAUUGGAAGAUGGAAAUUAAACGAGUAAAAGUCCUACUUGCAUAAUGCAGCUGCACAAUUGUCUUGA